CUACGAUUUGCACAUCGUAAACAAAAACUCUAUAUUUUAGUUGCACUUUGUCCACCUCUUUACCGUUUUUCCUCUUCAAAAAUUGACAUUACUAGUGAACAAAAGAAUAGUGCAGAAGACCACGUGCGUCGGGUACUGACUACUGACUGAAGUCAAGUUGGGUUUUUCUGGCGGGAAGAAGCACGGAACUCCGUUUUGAUGUUUUUGAACGGUGAUUUUUGGAAUGCCUGAUAUCACGAUUAAUGAUGUUCUCGUCAGCUUUCCUUUUAAACCGUAUCCCGUACAGGAGGAAUAUAUGAGAAAAGUAAUAGAAUGCCUGCAAAAUAGUCAGCAUGGUGUUUUGGAAUCUCCUACAGGUACUGGAAAGACUCUCAGCCUGCUAUGUUCCUCUUUAAGUUGGCUGUUGACAAAGAAAGCUCAAUUACAAGCACAAGUGAUAACAGGUGCAAUUGAUAAGAAAGAUUUGAGUGGGAAUUUUUUUAAGCAUUUAACCAGUGGUCUUGAAAAAGCAGCAGGAGUGCCUGACAAUGUUCCAAGUUUUGGCUGGGCUAUGCCAAAAAUUAUUUAUGCCUCUCGAACACAUUCUCAAUUGUCUCAAGCUAUGCACGAAUUAAAAAGAACAUCAUAUAAACACGUGGCUACCACUGUAUUAGGAUCUCGGGAUCAAUUAUGCAUUCAUCCAGAAGUUUCUAAAGAAACUAACGCCUUUAACAAAAUACACAUGUGUCAUUCCAAAGUAAAAUCUAGAACUUGUUUUUAUUUCAAUAAUGUUGAGACCAGGAAGGAUGAUCCUGUCUUUAAGCAAGAAAUCUUAGACAUUGAAGACUUAGUUAAAGUUGGACAGAAACAAAAAUGUUGUCCUUAUUUCUUGGCAAAAGAAUUAAAGCAGACCGCAGACAUUAUUUUUAUGCCUUACAAUUAUUUAUUGGAUCCUAAGACACGAAAAUCACAGGGCAUAGAUCUACAGAACACCGUGGUUUUACUGGACGAAGCUCAUAAUGUUGAAAAAGUUUGCGAAGAAGCAGCGUCAUUACAAAUAAGUAGCACGGAUGUUGCGAUGUGUAUUGACGAAAUAACUGCAGUAAUGCAAGACAUAACUAAGGAUGAAGAUCUACAGAAUGACUUCUUAUCUGAGAAUACCGCCCAAAAAGAUUUCACCGCGGAAGACUUGUGUAUCUUGAAGGCCAUGUUCUUGGAGUUAGAGAAAGCAAUCGAUUCUAUUGAAUUAAAUAAUACCGAGGGAGAUACUUUCCCGGGUGGGUUUAUUUUUGAGCUACUUGAAAAAAUUGAGUUAACACACGGAAAAGAACAGAUCGUGAUAGACAAGUUGGAGAAGAUUAUUUUAUAUCUGACCACCACUAGUACUUCGCCGUUUGCGAGAAAAGGGAACGCGCUGCAAAAGUUCAGUGACUUGCUGAGGACUGCCUUUAAUAGUGGUGCUUCUGUCGCACGUCAUAAGGAGAAAGUAAAACGCUGUUACAAAGUUCACGUGCAAAUAGAGGAGCAGAAAAAAAAUUAUAAAACUGACGUUUGGGAGAACAAAAAAACAACAAAAACAGAUGGCAAACUUAUUAGUUAUUGGUGUUUCAGUCCUGGUUUUGGAAUGGAACAAAUGGUGGAUCAAGGAGUACGUUCAGUAAUACUCACCAGCGGCACAUUGUCUCCGUUAAAACCAUUUAUAUCGGAACUCGGGAUACCGAUCGCAAUUCAGCUGGAAAAUCCGCAUAUUGUGACAAAGGAGCAAGUAUGUGUUGGCAUUCUUAGUCAGGGACCAGAUAAUCACUCGCUUAAUUCGUCUUAUAACACAAGGAAUGAUCCAAAGUAUAUCGCAUCGCUUGGAAGAACAGUGUAUAACUUUUGCUGUGUUGUUCCUCAUGGAUUGUUAAUAUUCUUUCCUUCAUAUCCAAUUAUGAAGAAGUGUAGAGACGAGUGGCAGAAUAUGGGUCUGUGGACGCAGAUCGCUGAACGUAAACCUAUUUAUGUAGAACCCAACUCCAAAGACGGAUUCAUCAACGUAAUGAACGAGUAUUAUCAAAAAAUCAAAGAUCCAUCUUGCAAAGGAGCUGUUUUUAUGGCAGUAUGCAGAGGAAAAGUCAGCGAAGGUCUAGAUUUUGCUGAUGCAAACGGCAGAGCUGUAUUGAUCGUAGGUCUUCCUUUUCCGCCCUUAAAAGAUCCGCGAGUUAUGUUGAAACAAAGAUAUUUGGAAGAAAUCAAGACUGUGGAGAAACAAAGCUUAAGUGGACAAGAAUGGUAUCAACUGGAAGCGUCACGAGCUGUUAAUCAGGCAAUUGGCAGGAUAAUAAGACAUAAAGAUGAUUAUGGCGCUGUCAUACUUUGUGAUUGUAGAUUCGAGAAUCCGAACUUCAAGAAGCAACUGUCUUCUUGGCUCAGGCCGUACAUAAAGAAAUUCACGAAUUUUGGAAUGAUUACAAAGGAGUUACGAGAAUUUUUUAAAAACGCAGAGAAUACUUUGCCACAACCUGGUGUCACUCACAUGCAUUAUGGAAAAAACAUAUCGCUGCCUGCUGUAGGUGCUACCUUCGAAACAACAAUAUCGCACUCGGUCAUACAAAAUGCACAAAAUACUUCUGUAACAAACGAGACGUUUAAAGAUGGUUUUAGCAUAAAUAUGUAUCUCGAUGUAAAUACAAGAGACAAACAGCCAAUGAAACCAAAAUCUUCGGUGAUCAAUUUUAGCACUUAUAAAUUAAAAGACAAUCAGAGUAUGUGCGAAUUAGCAAAACAUGUUGACGAACCAGUUGUAAAAAAAAGAAAAAUUAAUAUUAUAUCAUCUGGAAUCGAUUCGUACUUUGCUGGCCCUUCAACUUCUUCGUCAAUGGUUACAGAAAACAGUUCUGUAAAUCCCACACAAAACGAUAAAAAAGAGAAUAAAGAUGAUAAAAAGGCAUUGGGAAAGCAAUAUUUAAAAGACGUAAAACGGGCAUUGUCGGCUAGUGAUUAUAAACAGUUUGCAACUAUGAUACAGAGCUAUACGCAAAGCGGCGACUACGACAAACUAUUGGAAACAUUAUCAAGUUUAUUUCCCCCGAAUGGACAGCUACAGCAUUUGUUUCUAGGAUUUCAAAAUUUUCUGAAAACACAACAUAUCGCAACCUUUGAGAAUUACAUAAGGAAUUUGAAACGUCUUUAAGUUGAGGUUUUUUUUAGCAAGCAAUGUACUUUUUUAUUUUUAACAGGCUGAUAAAAAAAAUUAAG